CGCGGUAUUGAAAGCCGUCGAAUUGCUUGUGUUUUUAAGGUAUCAACAAAAAAUGCGAAUUAGAUAGUGCCGGUAAAAAUAUAAAUAUUUGGUCUGGAAAAUAUAUAUUAUUUUUGACCAUCCCUCGAAUUUACGAUUUUAUUGCGAGCGGCCAAGCGGCGUAUAAAAAAACGAACACGAAAAUAAAUGGCGCGAUUUUUAUGUUCUUUGUAAAAGGAUAAGAAAUCUAAUUUCUCAAAUAUAAAGUGAAAUGAAAAACAAACCUGGCAAUAGUAUUCAUAUAUGCUAAAUAAAUAUUUAAAAUAUAAAAACAAAGCUAAAUCUAUUUAAUAAUCAUCAAACGAUAGUAAUAUACAAACAAAAAGCGAAAACAAAAAAUGUUAUUUUAAAUACAAAAAACCAAUAAAGUGUAAACCACAAAAGGAAAUAUUCAACCUUACUGUCCCAAAAAUUUAUCAUACAUACACACAUAUGUAAUAAUCCAAUUAUAAUAAUAAAAUAUAAAGAAAAUCUUAAAUAUCCAAGUAUUCAUACAAAGUUCAGUAAAUCUCAUAAGAAAAUGCCGGAGAAUUGGCAGUGUGAUUUGUUUGUGUAGCUGGAGAGUGCAAUAAAUAACAGUAAGAAAUAACAGUAAACAACGGAAGAAGCCAAGAUGACGCGCGAGGAAGAGGAAGAGGUGCGCUCUCUGCUCUCCCGCCACCAGGAGCGCAUAAUGCUGGACCUAGGGAGUACCGAUCUGCUGGCGGUACUGGUCAAAAACUCGGUGCUCAGUCAGUCCGAAGAGGAUCUACUGUUGAAGCCCUACAGUGCAGUUACUCCCACGCCCUCGGCCGCCGCCUCUGCCACAGUGGAGCCUCCCGGCAGUGCACCCUCGCUGACCAAGCGAAAGCUAAGUGCCGUCGCAAGCAGUGGCAGCACGGCCAGCGGAGGGAGUGGGGGCAGCGGGGGCAGUGGAUCCUCCCGGUGCGCCAGCGUUAAUGGAGACGCCAACUGCGACAGUCGCUCACUAACGCCCUCUGGCGGGGGCCUGUGUUCCGGCCUAAACGACGCUGAAAUCCUGCGACUCCAGUGCUCAAAUCUUAUCGAGAUCAUCGCCAAGAACGGAUUCGAGAAGUUCAAGCAGUUCUGCUACGCCAUCGAGUGCGAGUGUCCUCAGCUCAUCGAGGAUCUAAUUAACGAUCGUCUCAAGACCGAUGCCGCCAAUUUGGAGGACAGUCCCGAGGUGGAAAAAAUCCAAAAGGAAAUCGAAACGAUCGAUUACAUUGACAAGGAAAAGGAAAACGAUCGCAAUCGUCGGGCUGUAAGCUAUAGCGGUGACGUCACCUCCUCCCCCCAAUCGGCCACCAUACCACGAGCCGCCCCCCGUCGGGUGGCCUUGAUGAAGGACCCUCCACCACCGCCGCCUCCCAAACCACAGUUGACAUCCAAAGCGGAAUCCAUAUCCCAUUUGGGCAGCAAAUAUCCGCACUCCGAGUAUAAUCUCAUUCAGAAAAUUGACUCGAACAGCACACUCACUGCUCCGGCGCAAUAUCAACCCCAGAAUUUCUAUGCGAAUACCGGAACAAUAUCCUCCACAAAUGGCUAUGGAUCGCUGUUGUGUCACGCCAGUUCGACGACCAGUCCGCUGGCGGUCCGGAAGCGGGACAAGCUGCUCCAUCGGUUCAGCGAUGCCGCCACCCUGGGCAGGAAGCUCAAGAAGAAGAAGAACACGAACCGCACCUGCAGAUCCAUGACGGAGGCCAUCGAGAUGCUGGCCGAUCCCGUCAUCGAGGAUGAGUUCUUUGGUGAUCGCACCACUUGGGAAUACCACACAGUUGCUGUGACUCGGGUGCCGGGCUAUGGAUUCGGCAUCGCCGUUUCCGGUGGACGUGAUAAUCCGCAUUUCGCCAACGGUGAUCCCUCGAUAGCAGUUAGCGAUGUGCUGAAAGGUGGACCCGCCGAGGAUCGAUUGCAAGUCAACGAUCGUAUAAUAUCGGUGAACGGCGUCUCUCUGGAGAACGUGGAGUAUGCGACGGCGGUGCAGGUGCUUCGGGAUAGUGGCAACACGGUCCAACUGGUGGUCAAGCGUCGCGUGCCCCUGAAUCCCAUAAAUCCUGGCGGAGCAGUGCAGCAUCAGCAUUCGCACAGCCUGAGCUCGGUGGGUCUGGUGGCCAAUGGAAGUGGAGGAGUUCCUCCAACACCCAUGACCAACCUGAGCCAGCCCAACUCCCUCAACUCCUCGCUGGUACAGAAUGCCAGUGGAGGGCAGCCCAUCAAGGUGACCCUGACGAAAGGGGGCAAAAAAGACGACUAUGGAGUGGUUCUUGGCUGCAGGCUGUUCGUCAAGGAGAUCUCCUCCAAGGCCCGCGAGCAGCUGAAUGCCAAUGGUUAUAGUCUACAGGAGGGCGACAUCAUCACCCGCAUCCACAACACCAACUGCGGCGAUACGAUGAGUCUCAAGGAGGCCAAAAAGAUUAUCGAUGGCUGCAAGGAACGAUUGAAUCUAGUGGUUCUGCGGGAUAUCACCAACCAGGCAGCUGUGAGCCAACUGAAUCUCAACAAUUCGGCCAGCCACCAGGCGUCGGGAAACAUAUACGCCAGUCAUCAGCCUCAGGUAUCCGGAUGCAGUAGCAGUAACAACAAUCUAGAGGAUCCCUAUCUGCCCGGCGGAGCCAGUUAUUCCUCCCAGAAUCUGUACGUGCAGCCUCCCACUCGCACCUCCAAUGUUCCGAAUAUGAAUGGCAAUGGGCUGAACGAGGAGAAGAGUAAUCUCACACCGCGGGGUCGCUCCCGGGGACCCAUCAUGGAUGGGGUAUCCCUACAGCAGCUGGAUAGACCCGUCACCCCAACAAGGGGCAGAAGUGCCGGCAUCGACGAACCGCCACGCCCACCACCACCCAGAGGAUCGAGCGGUGGAGCUGCCCAAGAGGAUUUCUACAGCUCCCGGAGGCAACUCUACGAGGAACGUCAGAGUGCCGAGCCGAGAUUCAUUUCCUUCCAGAAGGAGGGAAGCGUGGGCAUCCGGCUAACCGGUGGCAAUGAGGCCGGCAUCUUUGUGACUGCCGUUCAACCAGGAUCACCAGCCUCCCUGCAGGGUCUUAUGCCUGGCGACAAGAUCCUCAAGGUCAACGACAUGGACAUGAACGGAGUGACGCGGGAGGAGGCAGUCCUCUUUCUGCUCAGCCUGCAAGAUCGCAUCGAUCUGAUUGUGCAGUACUGCAAGGAGGAGUACGAUGAGGUGGUGACCAACCAACGCGGCGACUCCUUCCACAUCAAGACGCACUUCCACUGCGAUAAUCCUUCCAAGGGCGAGAUGGCCUUCAAGGCAGGUGAUGUUUUCCGGGUGAUCGACACCCUGCACAAUGGGGUGGUUGGCUCCUGGCAGGUGCUCAAGAUCGGUCGUGGUCACCAGGAGAUGCAGCGCGGCGUGAUACCGAACAAAUCGAGGGCCGAGGAACUGGCCACUGCCCAGUUCAAUGCCACCAAGAAGGAGAUGAAUGCCAACGAGUCAAGAGGCAACUUCUUCAGGAGACGAAGAUCGACGCACCGCCGCUCGAAGAGUCUGUCCCGCGAGAACUGGGACGAUGUGGUCUUCUCCGACAGCAUUUCCAAAUUCCCCGCCUACGAGCGUGUCGUCCUGCGUCAUCCUGGUUUUGUGCGACCCGUGGUGCUCUUUGGACCCGUUUCCGAUUUGGCCCGCGAGCGUUUGGCCAAGGACUUCCCCGACAAAUUCUCAACUCCUCUGCAGGAUGACGACAAGUCCGCGGGAACUGCUAGUAGUGGAAAGUGCCGAAUUGUACGACUGUCGAACAUACGCGAUGUGAUGGAUCGAGGAAAGCAUGCCCUCUUGGAUAUCACCCCCAAUGCGGUGGAUCGCCUCAACUACGCCCAGUUCUAUCCGGUGGUCAUCUUCCUGAAGACGGACAGCAAGCACAUGAUCAAGCAGCUGCGCCACGGACUCCCGAAGGCGGCCCACAAGAGCUCCAAGAAGCUGCUGGAGCAGUGCCAGAAACUGGAGCGCGUCUGGUCGCACAUCUUCAGCACCCAGAUCGCGUUGAGCGACGAAGAGUCCUGGUACCGAAAGUUGCGCGAUUCGAUCGAUCUGCAGCAGAGCGGCGCCGUGUGGAUGUCCGAGUCCAAGCCCGUAGAAUCCCUCUCCGACGAUUUCCUAUUCCCCAUGACCACAUCCCGACUCUCGUAUGCAUCAAGUCCCGAAUCCGAUUUGGAACUGAGUCCGGGCCCAUCCGCAUCAUUGUCGCUUGGCAAUUUGCCGCAGUUGGUUAAAGCGAGCUCAGAUCCAUCGAUUGCCACUAAUCAGGAUAACUUGGAUAGGGAUAGAGACAUAAUUGGUGAAGGACUACCACCUCCAUAUACGGUACCCUAUGACCAUGGUGUCCCCGGGAAUCCCAAUCGCCGCCAGACCAUGGACUCCAGCAAGUACAGCAUCUACGGCACCAAUGUGCCACCACAGCCGCAGCCACCAGGCGGCGGAGGAGGAGGAGGAGUAGAUCCGGCUGCAGUGAGGCCGCAAUCCCUAUACGGGAUCAAUGCCCCUGAUCUUCCGCCCCGCAUCGAUCGUCAGUCCAAGCCGGGGGAUAUCCCCCUGAACACCUCGGGUUCAUCAUCGCGAAAUGGAACCCUGGGCCGAAGUGCCCAGGAGCGUCUGUUCGGCAAGGCUGUGGUGCAGGACGAUGUCCAAGCGGAGUACAUCACCCGAAAUGCUCUGGUCGGUGCCGGAGCAGCUGAAACCCUGGAUCGCCAGCAGCAGCAGCAGCAGCAAACUCAUGCCUCCCUGGAGCGACAGGCACGUCUGAAUGCCCAGCUGAAGGCCAACGGAGGAGGAGGAGGCACCGGAGGAGGUGCAUCCACCUAUGACAGUGUGUCCAGCUACGAUUCGUACAACAAUACACAAAUGGCCAUGCAGAACCUGGGCCGACUGGGUCCCAAUGCACCCGACGAUCUCAAAUCAGUGCCAAAUGCAAGUGGUCGCCCCUUGCCUCCGGUGGGUCAGUCGCAUGACUACGGCCGUACUCCCCAUGAUCAUCGCAGUUUCGGAGGACCCAACGAUCUGAACCGCCAGAGCAGUCCAGGCAGGCCGCACUAUCAUGAGAUGAAUGCGUCCCGUAAUAUUGAUCCUCGUAAUGGCACACCACAGCGUCCCUCAAAUCUGGGUUUAGAAAGCAGCCCGCGAAAGCCUUUGGUGGAGACCAAAACGGAUUACGGAAAAUACAGUCGCAACAACUCUGUCACGCAAGCGGAUUACACCAAGCUGCCGAAGACGGCGCCACAUGGAGUGGUUCCACCUCCGAAUGUGCCCAAUGGUCAGAACCAGAUGAAUGGCAGCGGAACGCCCAGCAGCAAUGGCAGUGGACCGUUUAAGCCGGUGCCACCGCCGAAACCCAAGAACUAUAGGCCACCGGUGCAAAGUGGUGGCAGCAGUGGAAGCGGUGGCACCACUCCCUGGGAGAAUGGGGACUCCGGUUCCCCACGUUCCCCCAACGGCUUCUAUUAUCCACCAACGCCCUCGCAUCAUCACUACGGCCAGCAGGCGACUCCGGGUUCACCCAGCAAUGGACACAUGCAACCACCGCCACCGCAGCAGCAGCAACCCACUUAUGGAGGAAGCAAUGGCAACUACGGACAGGCUCCACCACCUCAACCAUAUCCGCAGGCCAAUGGCUACAAUGGCAACAGUCACCACUACAACGGGGGCAGUGGCACAGGACCCUAUAUAGCACCACAUCGCGGCAUGCCACCGCCAAUAGGAAACCUACCACCUCAUACCCCUGAACGCCAUGCCCUGGAUUUGGCUGGAAGUCGGGAGCAGCGUGGUUCGGCCUUCGAACUUUAUCGUAAACCGCAAAUCGGAGCUGCCGCCGGGCACCAUCACAACAUGAGCGAGAUGGAGCCGUACGAUGAGCGUUACGAUGAUUACUAUAACAUGCCACCUCCUGCCGCCCAUCCUUCCCAAGGGCAUCACAUGCAGAGAUCCCGGUCAGCGCCGCGUUAUCCCCACGAGCGGCCUCCACAGGCCCAAGAUCCCAACUAUUACGGCCACUAUGGAACCUCUAGAGGUCAUAGUCAACCACGUCAGCAGUAUCCCCAACAUCACCAGCAGCAGCAGCCGCAGCCGCAGCAACAGCAGUAUUACGAUGACCGUGGCAUGGAGAUGGCUCCACCGCCACUGCCACCGCACAAGAAGAAGAAAUCGGUGCUGAAGAGCCCGCUGGUGGCUCUGAAAAAUGCCCUUCUCAAGAGCACGAGGCCCCUGAGGAGGAUGAACAGCAUGGUGGAGCCGGAGCGGAAGCCCAAGGGUCUGCGACGCCAGCAAUCGAUGUUGGAGAGGGGUGUGCAGAGACCAUACUAUCCGGAUGAGUAUCCCACCUAUCCGGCUGGUGGCUUUGAGGAGCGUUCCCAUGGCGGUCAAGGCAUGAUGCCACCCCAUCCGCAGGAUCCCUAUUACCAAAGAGGUGGUCACUAUCCGACGCAACAGCAGGAGAUGAUGAACAGCACAUACCAGAAUCUGGAGAGUGAGGAUAUCUAUGGGAAUAUUGGGAACACUGUUCCUCGAAUGCCGCAUCACCAGGACAAUGGUUACGGAUAUGACCAAUAUGAUCUCUAUGCGAAUCGCGCCUGCAUCGAUCUCGAGAGAAGGCAGGCUGAGGCAGCUGCGGCUCCUGGUGGCCGGAAUGGCAGAAGGAUCGUAAGGCGUCACAGCACCACGACAGCGGAUCGAGGAGGAAAUCCAGGACCCGCGAGGAGACCAAUGAUCAGUCCCGGCUACGAACAAGAUCCCCAGGAGGUCUAUCAGACCCGCAACGGAGCCUAUAUGCUGCCCGAUCAGCGAAGGGCGCCCAAUUCCGAGGUGAUGACCCGCCGGAGAUUCUAUCCGGGAGCGGCCAAUGAGCAAGCCGAGGAAGAACCCCUCUACCAAUCCCGUCGUGAAAUGCAGCGGGAAAUGCAGCGGAAUCAUCUGUACCAGUCGAAACGCGAAAUGCAGGAGAGGAUUAGCCAGGGCAAGAGGGACAUGGAGCGGGAGUUUAGCCCGCAGAGCAGCAGCAGCCAGUCGGAGGCCUCCAAUCCGGAGGCAAUAUACCAGAGUCGCAGGGAAGCUAAAGCCCAGCUGAGGGAUCAGAUCUAUCAGACCAGACGGGAAGCCCUGGACAGCAUGGCUGAACCGAUUUAUGUGUCCAAAAGGGAUAUGGGCAGACCGGCGCCCAUUUACGAGUCCCGGGAGGAGAGUAUCCUCCAGUCCAGAGAGAAUGAGACAGAUGAAAAAAAGGAGAAGGAAGGCAAAACAGAGCAGAUCCAAGUGGAGAUCAAUGCUCAGCCAGAAGAGCAGGUGGAAGAUUCCACCCUAAGUCGAUCGGAUCUGCAGAAAUCUUCGGAUACGGUGAUAGAGAAUCCGGCAAGGGCUCCUCUGGUUCAGGACGAGGUCGAUGACGAGGAGGAGGAUGAGGCUCAAGAGGAUCAGGCUGAGAGUUCUGCGGAACAGACAGAGCAUCCAACGGCUAUUGAGAAUAGCCAGCACAAUGAGGGAAUGCUGGCCAGUGAAACACACAAUGAGUCGGAUGAUGUCUUUGAGGCAGCGGAUCAGGUUCCUCCGCUGGCACCUCCGCCAGCUCCUAUUCAACCACCGACCCCUCGAUCCGGUAGAGCUCCCUUUCACAUCUCAAACAUCCUGAAGCGAACAGCUCCCCCGCCGAGUUCCCCCAUCGGCGACAGCUGCACUUCCAUCGAAACCCAGUACACAUCCCAAGCCAGCCUGCCAGUGGGUCCACCCAAUGCCACCAGUACUCCGUUCAGCAGUAGCAUGUCCCUGCCCAUUGCCGGACCAGUGAAUAACGCUCCGCCGGCCAACGGAGGACCCUUUCCCACCCUGCCCCGUGAGCCCAGUACCUCCCGCGGAUUCUUCGACUCCAACGGCGGCACUCUGGCGGAUAAGCUGUGGCACGUCUCCCUGCAAAUCCCGCCCGGAGCCAUUCCGGCUGGAGUGCGUCAGGAGAUCUACUUCACCGUGAGCGAUCCCCGGAUGGGACAAGCCGUCGGCGGUCCUCCGCUGGACAUGGAAAAUGGUGAGACAAUGCUGUCACCGCUGGUGAUGUGCGGGCCGCAGGGCCUUGAGUUCCUCGUUCCGGUUACACUCAACAUUCCGCACUGCGCCGGACGAACUGCCUCACUGGGACUGGCCCUCAAGGCGACCGACAGCGAGAAGAACCUGCACACCGAGUGGGACAACAUCGAUCUGCCCAGCAAUGCCGCCGCCCACACAGUGUCCGUCAAGGUGGAUCACUUCUAAUCAUUAAGAUUCACAGCACUUCAUAUGCACUCAUCCCCCAACUUGAACGAUAUACGCAAUUGUAAAUAGAUCCAUAAUACCAUAAUAUAUAAAAUGGGCACCAUUGAGGCCGCAAUUCCAGGGCAAGCGAAAUGAGCUCAGCAAAGAGGUAGAGAUAGGCAUUGCUUAUAAUAUAUUUAAUUUAAUUCAAUAUUGUCUGUUAAUUGUGCCUUUGAGUGAUCGUUUGGCUCUGCCUUUGAACUAUAAUGUCGAGCUAGAAAUUAAUCAAUCGAAUGCAAAGGAUAUUUGUAUAAAGCGACUAGAUUUUAGUUUCAUAAACAAAUUAUUUUGUAUAUUUUAAAUCAACCAAUUACUAUGUAUUUUAUAUAUUUACAUAAUUUUAAUGCAUUUUAAAUGAUAUAUGUAACUAUUUGACGUUUUAUUAGAUAUUCGCAUAUUGUUUCGAACCCUCGAUCCAUUUCAAUUGCAUUCAAAUUGUUAAUUGCGCGCAAGUAUUGCAUGCAACAGUUAUUAUAUAUACCAUAAACAUUUAUAAAUCGUAGCGAUAUCCUUAGAGCCUAUACACGCGCCUGUAUAACCAGAAAGAAAAUCAUACUAUACAAAUAUUUAUACGCAUUUUUGUAUUAAAGAUUAUACACACGUGGAAAGUUUGGGAAUAAAUAAAAGAGCAACAAUAAUAAUAA